AUGGCUACUACUAACCCCCAAACUCGGCUGGAUCGACUGUUUGCAAAGUCACCUCUGCCGCCCGCUCCGCCAGCUGGUCAACUCCACUUCUCCGAGAAGGAGCUUGCGGAGAAGGAAGCCAAAGAAGAAACACAGUUCAGAGUCGGCUCCACUGCCGAAUACCCUAGACAAGUCAAACCACCUCAGAAGGAGGAAGCUCAACAAGCAAUAGACAUCCUUACCAGUUCCGACGAAGAUGACUACAUCUGUGCUUUUAAGAAGAAGCCGUCAAUGAAAGCGCCUACCAAAAAUGUGAAGUCAAAGCGACGAAACAUGCCUGAGCCCGAUAGUGUUGGCCAUUCUGAGGAUGCCAUCGUUAAGCCCAAAGGCCGGAUUGAGUAUCUCGCAAGGGGCAAAUCGACGAAGCACACCUCUGCCGACCCAGUAAGCGAGCCCGACUCCGACGAUGUCCACCUCCCGACAGCAGAUGUCCAUGGAAAUCCAGUUAUUGGACACUUUUGCCAGUUCACUCUUGCGGCCAAGUUCCCUUACAAGUACAUGAGCGACACCAACGACCGUGUGUCUCGACACUUCUUUGCCUCCAAUAAAUUCUACUCCCGAAACUGGGAUCUGUAUUACCUUCAUCCUCCGUUCUCUUUAAGUAUCAAGCCAAUCUAUCUCGUACCUUAUGCCCAGUUUCAGCAGCUAGUCACUGAGAUUGGGCAGACCUUCAAAGUACCAGUGUCAGUGCCAAAAUUUCCGUUCACCCUUACAUUCUUCGAUGAUGGGACUCCUCAACCCAUAUUUUUGGGCAAGUCAAACUCGAGAGACGAUGUCAACAACCUACAGAACAAUGUUCCUGCUGUUCCCAUGAACCAUGGAGAAUGUCCGGAUGAUGCUCCAGUUACCAUCAAACAGGCCUUUGAGGAUUUCAAGGACAUGUGUCAAACGGCCAUCUCAGCAAAGGGCAAGAACAAAAGCGGCGUAGACAAAAGCAGGAGGGAAGAUGACCGCUUGCUCAGUAUCAAGGAUUGGUACGUCCAGCUCAGAAGAGCUCAACGCUACCUGGGCUUGCGUCGUAAGACAGGUCAAAUCCAACACCCAGAUCCUGCCAUGUCGUGGGAAGAGCAGGAGAAGUUCCGUCACGAACAGCUCAAGAGAGCCCAUUUCGUGCUCAACCGGCUCAAUCUCAACGAACCAGCUCCACUGCCUUUCGAGAAGGAGCCCGUAAUCAUUGCAAUCGACGUUGAGUCGUAUGAGAGAGCACACAAUCUCAUCACCGAGAUCGGCAUCAGCACUCUUGACACUCUCGACUUGGUCGGUCUUCCCCCUGGCCCUAACGGCAAAAACUGGCUCAAUGAAAUUCGUUCGCGUCACUUCCGCAUCAGUGGCAGGGAGCAUCUUGUCAACAGAGACUUCUGCGCCGGCCAUCCAGAUGCGUUCCAAUUUGGCCAAUCUGAGUUGGUUGACCUCAAGGAAGCUGUGGCCAUCGUUGACAGCUGCUUUGAAUGGCCAUUCUCUGUACAGUUCAAGCACGAUAGUCUAGAUGACCAAUGGACUGUCGAGCCAGCCAAGCUGGCAAAGGAGAACAACACACAAAGAAGAGUGUCGAACGAUUUUGGAGGGGUUUACAUUGGACCGACCAAUGCUGAGCAAGAUGCCGCAAGCAGAGCAGCUAUUGCCAAUGUGCUGAAGGGCAUUGAGAACACAGAAGCCGACACUCAGGCUGUCGAGCCUACCGGGGCAGAAAAGUCAGACCCGGAGAGUCUUCAGCAAGGACCUCAAGAACGCAACAUCGUCCUGGUGGGACACGAUAUUCGUGCCGACGUCCAGUAUCUAAGAGAUCUGGGGUCGAAAAUCUUCACCCCGUCCCGCGCGACUUAUCCUAUUCCGGCUAUGGACAUGAUGGCCAAUGGUGAGGGAAAAUCCAAGGUUCUUGCUUCUAUCAUCGAUUCUAUGGACACUGCACCGCUCUAUCGUGUGUUUAAAGAAGAGACCCAGAAUCGCAGCCUCUCUUCUAUCAUGUCAGACCUCGGCCUUCCAUGCUACUUCCCACACAAUGGUGGAAAUGAUGCGCGGUAUACUCUCGAAGCCUGGGUUGCAAUGUUGAUCCAGGCAAGAAUCAAGAGCGACAAGAACCAGCAUGAAGAAGACCACGGUGCAGAGAAUAAACUAGAGACAUUGAGAGAGAAUGAUGCUUGGAACACUGGAUCGGAAUGGCAUGUCACGCCACUUCCAGACCCUGGCAGGCCAACGACACCUGACGACAAGACGCGCAAGCAACAUCUUGACUCUUUCGAAGCCGCAAUCAUGGCCUCGUCUCCUGAGGCGUCUCCUCAACACGCUCAAGAUAACAGUGUUGUCGCAAUGAUUGAGAGAUUGAACCUGGAUCCGAGCGUCGACCACGAGGAGCCGAGGGUUCGUCUUUAUUAG